GGGGCUUUUAGAUGACGGACGUAUUUUGGUUUCUUUCAUCUGCGCAAUAGUGUUUUUCUUUCUUUCUUCAGUCCGGUUAAAAAAAGGUGAAUUAAGUCCUCAACAAGAAAGGAAACCAGAAGUCACCCAUCCUCCUUCUGUUACUUUAAACAGUAGGAUCUCAUCAUCAUCAUCAUCCUCACUCACUCUUCCUCAGCCUGUCUCAGAUAAUCCUCAUCGUCCUGAGAUGUCAACUCCAGAUGCAGCAGGAACUCCUGGCGCUCCCGGGGGUCCGGAAGGCGAGGGAGGCCCUCCGGCUCCGGCCCCAAACCUGACCAGCAACAGACGGCUUCAACAGACGCAGGCACAGGUGGACGAGGUGGUGGACAUCAUGCGUGUGAAUGUGGACAAAGUCCUGGAGAGAGACCAGAAGCUGUCAGAACUCGACGACCGGGCCGACGCCUUGCAGGCCGGAGCCUCGCAGUUCGAGAGCAGCGCCGCCAAGCUCAAGAACAAGUACUGGUGGAAAAACUGCAAGAUGAUGAUCAUGAUGGCAGUUAUAGGAGUUAUAUGUGUCGGCGUCGUCUUCUUAUAUUUCUUCUACUGAGCUGCUAUUCAAGAAUGGAGAUGCAAGUCCCGUGAUGGGUCUGCACCGGCGAACGCUACCGCACCAAACCGAGUCUUUCCUCCUUCUCUUCCUCCUCCUCCUCCUCCUCAGUAACUCCAGCUAUGCAUGGCCUUUAAUGUGCUCCUCCUGUCCUCUGCAAUGAGCAGGUUUACAGAUUAAAACAAAGGGUCACUACAAUCAGUUGGUUUUGUUUGGGUGAGUUGUGGUUUGUGGAUUAAGAUUUAUGGCAAAAAUAUUAGCCAACGUGACAUAACCUCUGUUUUGUGUGUUAAUCCAAAGAGAACCACAGAUAAGAGAAGCAGAAAGUGUAUGUGGCCGACUGUAGAUUAGAAUUUUACUCUUAAUACAAAGAAAUUAAUUUGUGCAUCCGGUAAAACUAACGUCCAUAUACAUCAUAUGGGUUAUUUUUGAGCAACACUAAGAUAGCCACACCUAAAAUACAUUGUCGUAUAUAAUGUUAAAACAUGGCUGAAGCCCUUGCUUUAUGUCAGUGUCACCCUGUUGGUGCUGCUACUGAUUUUAAACACAACUUCUGUUUGAACCGUUUUCUGUUUGCUUUCACUCAUCCUGUGUUUAACUUCUGUGUUGUGAGUCGACUUGUAGUUUCAUGGAUGAAAACACUCAUUUAUGACAUGUACCAUUGAAAUGAAUACAUUUAAUUCCAGACUGAAUGGUUGACAAAAUUCUAAUAAAUUAAUAUUUGC